AUGCCUGCCACGAUCCAGAUCCCAAGAGAUGUUUUUGCUAGGCUUAGGCCGGCAACCGACGGUAUGCCAAUUCAAGGCAUCUUGUUCGGCCAACGUGAAGAAACCAUAGAUCGACGACUUUUUAUUCGCGUGAAGGGAUUCCUCCCCUUUAAAUCUAGCUCACAAGACCUCGUCAGUACAAUCGCAAAGUUGAUGAAUUGGAAAGGGCAGACUGUACUGGGCUGGUUUGCGGCACCAGAACUUGAUGUCAUAGCACGAUGCGAUCCACCACGCAUAGCUUCUGCCUACUUCCGUACUAUUCAAUCAUCAUUGCUGAAAGUCAUCGUAGCCAAUUAUCUAAGACAGCACCCAGAAUACGACGACGUAAGGGAGAUUACUCCCUUGAUAGCACGUGAAUCGUGUGCAUUAUUCCAAGAUCUCGUUGGAAUUGUUAUUCGGAAAGUACCAAAAUCUACAGACUUGGAAAAUUCUGCAGCGACAAUGGACACUGAAAGUACGACGGUACAAUGUUAUUUCUCAGCUCCAUCGUUAUCGGAAGUUUUAAACCAGUUUCAAAAUUUGAAUCGAGAUGUUAAGGGGGAUAUCGUGGAGAUGAACAUUUUAAAAGAAUUGGCGAACAUGUUACCUACCGGAAUUAAUGGUUUAGGAAUCAGCGGUACUUCAACAGAUGGCAAUCCGUCAUUAAUUGAUGAGAGAGAAGAUGAGGAUGACGAGGUGGGAGAAUUAUUUUCCGUAUGGGGAAAUAAGAAACUGAGGACGAGAAGGGCGAGCACCACGGAUAUCGCGGACGGCUUAUCUAGACGGACUUCAUAUUCCACGGCACCUGAAGAUAUAGUGGAGGAGACCACCAAGAAAAGAAAGGGAAUUGAUGCAGAAGGUUGUAGUAGGGGCGCUUCAAAAAAGGCCAAGACACCUGCGAACGCAACCACCGACGUUAUUCCUGCACCAUUCAUGAUCAUACCCGGUCAGGGAUCGGAGUAUCUGCAUGAAGCGCUCGGUGAAGAUAGCUUAUAUUACUCCACGGAAUUUGACGAGUCGUUAUUAUCGUCCUCUACGAAAUCAUAUUUUGCGCCAAUCGACGACCAACAAACUCAACAAUCACAAUCGAUCAUGACCUACGCCCAGCUGGAUAUAACUCGAUGUUUGGAUGCGAUAUCCCAUCACAUCAACUCGUGUACACAAGGAAAGAUAUCCCUGUAUUCUAAAUCGUGUCAAGAAUAUGAACUUCUGUUGGAAAUACUUGAGGCGUUGGAUGGAAUUGGGGACGAAGUUGCGUUGUCCAAGAAAUUGGAAAAUUGGAUGGAUGUCUCUGAGGAUGAAGACGAUGAAGUGAUAAUAAUGAGAACCAAUAAUUCUAGGUCCGAAGAGGUGGACACAGAAAGUACAAGUAGCGAGUCUCAGGACAUCCAUGUCGAGGUGGAUCGGCGGGAGACUCCUGCCAUUGUCGAAAACCAUGCGACGACAAAAAAAUCGGUCGUGACGUGGAGCGAAAACGAGGUAAAGAAGGAAGCUGAAAUAAAGAGUGAAGAGGGUGAAAUGGACGAAGAUCCUUCAUCAAGUAACAAUGCUGGAGUUGUUUCCGGAGAGGUAAGUUCGUCUUCUAUCGAGGAGGGCGAAAUUGAUGAAGAGGAGGAUAUUGAUGUAAUAGCACGAGAUGCACGUGAUGAAAAUCUCUUCAAGAAGGGGGACGAAAUAUCGCUACCCCUUCAUAUUAAAAACACUAAAAGUUUGGAAGUUACGAAAACCACAAAUACACGGGAGAGUAGUCCUGGGUGGGCAUGGGAUGAAGAAGAAAUGGGAGAAUGA